UUACAGUUGAACUUGCCACAUCCAAAGACUAUUAUUAUGUCUCCUCGACGCGAACAACCACCUUUCACUAGAUCAGUUGGAAGGGGAAGAGGUCGUUUCCAACGUCGUCAGUUAGGUGCAAUAGAGGAGGAAUUGACUGCAUCCACCAUUCGGGCAGCACCUGCUGCUGAACAAACCAAGACUCCUCCACAUCCUCCACCUCCUCUACCACUUACUAGUAUUCCUGCUAUGCCUCUUGAGGCAGUUCAGGCAUUAGCAGCCUUCUUUACUGCUAUUGCUGGCCAGGCUCAGGCUGGUCAAGCUCUUCCUACAGUUCCUCUGGCUGCUCCUUCAGUACCACCAUCCCCACCUCCUGUCCCACCACCAGUGCUGGAUGUUUCUGAUUCUAAGAAGCUUAAAGAGGCUAGGCAACAUAGUUGUGUUUCUUUUAUGGGUGAGUCGGACGCAACCGUGGCUAAAGAGGUGGUGCGAAUGGCUUUAAGAGCCGAGAAGCUUGCGAAUGAAAAUAAGAGUCUGCGAGCUGAGUUAGCAAAAAGGAGAAGUCUAAGUGUAUCUUCUAGUCAGCCACCAAACAGGGGCAAAAACUCCUCUGUUUCAGGAAGUUCACGUAGAUGCAGAAAUUGUGGGAAUUAUCAUGUUGGGCCGUGCAGAGGGCCUGCACGAUGUUUUCAUUGUGAUCAACUGGGUCACAUUAGGAGAGAUUGUCCACAGUUAGGACGGGCUACGGUAGCUGCUCCAUCUCCACCAGCUCAUACGGAUAUACAGAGGAGAGAUUCCUCUGGAUUGCAACCGAGACAGGGAUGAUUUUGACAUACCACCAAGGGUAGAUUAAAUAUGUUGAAAUUAGUGCUCUAAUAAAGUACAUAUGAUAGAAAGCUAGUUUGUAAGUUGUAGU